UUAACGUUUAGCAGCUCGCAAACCUGACUCGCUGACUCGUUUUCUGGUUACAGAUACCAUCUUCCAAAGUUCCAAACUUUGCUGAUUCUUUGUUUUCAGCAAUCGGUGACAACAUCCAUAUAUUGCUGUAUCAAACUACUUAACACUGAUGUUGUUAUGUAUGAUAGGGGCUAGUAGAGCGAGACGCCAUGGUUUCUGCUAAUGGACUAGCUACUGCACAGCCUCUUUUUUCUUUUGGAUUGAUUUCUGACGUCCAAUAUGCUGACAUUCCUGAUGGUCGCUCAUUCCUUGGUGUUCCACGGUAUUAUAGGCAUAGUAUUCUUGUAUUGCAGAGAGCAGUCAAAGAAUGGAAUACUCAUCAGAAGCAUAAGUUUGUGAUUAAUUUUGGAGAUAUUGUUGAUGGGUUUUGUCCCAAAGACCAAUCUCUGAAUACUGUAAAGAAAGUUGUGGAUGAUUUUGAGAUGUUCAGGGGACCCGUGUAUCAUAUGAUUGGCAAUCACUGCCUGUACAAUCUUCCUCGCAGCACAUUGCUUCCAUUAUUGAAGAUCCAAACUCUGGAUUGCCGUGCUUACUAUGAUUUCUCACUCGUGGCUGAAUAUAGAUUUGUGGUUCUGGAUGCCUAUGACAUCAGUGCCAUUGGUUGGCCUCAAGAUCAUCCAAGAACAGUGGAGGCCUUGAAACUUCUCAGGGAGAAGAAUCCAAAUGAAGAUAAGAACAGUCCGACAAAUUUGGAGGGGACUGAAAGGAGGUUUCUUAUGUUCAAUGGAGGCGUUGGAAAGGAACAGAUGGAAUGGUUUGAUUGUGUUCUCAAGGAGGCAACAAAAUUGAAACAGAAGGUGGUUGUAUGUUGUCAUCUGCCUCUAGAUCCUGGUGCAGCAACAGAGGAGGCACUAUUGUGGAAUUAUGAAGAAGUGAUGAACUUGAUACACAGAUACACUUGUGUUAAGGUUUGUCUUGCUGGACAUGAUCAUAAAGGUGGGUACUCUGUUGAUUCUCAUGGGGUACACCAUAGAGUUCUUGAAGCUGCUCUGGAAUGUCCUCCUGGCACGGAUGCAUUUGGAAACGUUGAUGUUUAUGAUGACAGGAUAUCACUAGUUGGAACCGGCAGAAUGGAGAGUACAGACAUGCAGUUUAAUCCCAACGUGAAUUUGCAUGAUAAGAUGUCUUGAUGUUUGGAAGACACCUAUUCUUUUAUUAGUAAUUGGUAGGGUACCUAUGAUCUUGUUUUAGUCCUCCCCACGGGGAACUUUCUAUUUAAAGUUGGAAUAACUCAGUCGAGCCGGUGCUGGUAACGUGCAAGUUCAUGAAUCAAUCAAUAUCUGCUCAACUUGUUCCUUCCUCAUUAGAGAGGCAAGGAUACACGAAGCAGCAUUACUGGGGGUUACCUUAAACAUGCUUUGUAUGUUGAAUCUUGUAAAACUGUUAUGCAGUUUUGCCUCAUUGCUUGACAUGUAUACAAUGAAAAAACCUUUCCUGGACCGUGUAAUUACUCUUAAUGUGUGAUUAAGACAUUAAGUAAUAC